AUGUCAGACACACGCUCCCAACCAUCUUCCCGGCCGCAAUCGGCCCACUCAGUCCAUUCAUCACGAUCGCACCAAUCCGCAUCCCGCAAUGCCAACGACGAAACUACUCCCCUACUAGCCACCAACAAUGAUCAGAAUGUCGAAGCACAGGAUCAAACCGAACCUUCAGCCGAGUCAACAUCUCAGUCACGCUCGCCUGCCGUAACUCGCCUGCUGAACCUCUUUCAACCUCAGUCUAAGGGUCAACCAAGAUGGUCCAGUCUGUUAGCUCUGCUACUGCUUUGCAUUGUUGUAGUACUCAUUAUGGUCCUGGGAUUUCUGGCUCCAUCCAAGGUGCAAGAAUAUGCUGUUGAAGCCGCCAUAUUCGAGCCUACAAGCUUGUCCAUACACUCCUUCACUACCACAGGCGUCACGGCUAGAAUACAAGGUGACUUCUCUAUGCGCGCCGAAAAUGUCAAGGAUAAGUCUGUUCGCCGCUUUGGUCGCUUCGGUACUUGGAUUGCCAGAAAGGUCGAGACUGGCCAAUCGUCUGUUCAGGUCACCCUACCAGACUAUAAGGACGCUCUCCUGGGAACCGCUGAGAUACCAUCUAUUGUAGCUGACAUUCGCAAUGGUCAUACCACUCAUAUCGACUUUCUGACCGAGUUGUCUCCCGGGAACACCGAUGCCAUAAGACGUCUUGCCAAAGACUUCAUCGAUGGAAAGUUACAGGAGCUACGCGUAUCUGCUGAGGCUUCGGUCCCUGUGAAGUCUGGGCUUAUAAAUCUGGGGAGACAAAUUGUAUCGCGAGCUAUGGCUUUUGGGAACGAUAAGAUACCCACCUUGCCAGAGUAUAAGAUUCAUAAGCUCAACUUCCGUGAAGUCGAACUUCCUGAUCUUCAGCGUGCUAUGGUAGCUGAUGUCGCCGUUGAGCUCGGCAAUGACUAUCCAUUGGAUUUCACAAUUCCCCCUCUUGGCUUCGCUAUUCUUGUUGACAACUGCCGGCCCUCGCAACCUCUCAUUCAGCUGGCCGAUGCCACAACACCAAGUCUCUCUGUCAGACCGGAGGAGAAUCUGAAUGUCAGUGUCUCUGGUUUUGUAAGAAGACUACCUCAAGUUUUCACCCAAGCUUGCCCCGGUUCUCACGAAUCACCCCUUGACAAUCUGCUUGGCGGAUAUAUCCAUGGAAACGACACUACCGUAUAUGUCAGAGGCUCGGACUCUCCAUCCCUGGACACACCUCGGUGGAUCACAGACCUCAUGUCGGAUAUAACGGUGCCAGUUCCUUUCCCUGGACACACCUUUGGGCACCUAAUCAGGAACUUCACCAUGGCCGAUGUCCACUUCGGAUUACCCGAUCCGUUUGCGGAGCCUAACAGCCCAGAAGCACAACCCAGGAUAUCUGCAGUUAUCAAGGCGCUGGUCGCUCUUCCAGAGGAGAUGAACUUCAACAUCAGUGUUGGUCGCGUCAGAGCGAAUGCAGAUGUGUUUUACCAUGGCUCCAAGCUGGGAUACCUUGAUUUGAGUAAAUGGCAANAGGCAAACUCAACCCGGAUCGCUUCGGCCAAGGACCAAGGGCCUCUUCUGGCAGUACAGUCAGCGAUCGAAAAGGCUCCUCUGACUGUGACGGAUGAUGAUGUUUUCACCGAUGUGUUGAACGCACUGCUCUUUGGUGGCAAGGGAGUUGAGUUGGGCAUUAAAGCGGAUGUUGAUGUCGAGAUGGAGACAGCGCUUGGUCAAUUGGCUGUCAGGAAGAUUCCUGCCGAAGGCUCUGUGCCUGUCAAACCCAUCAAACGAGGCGGUGUCGGCUCCUUCACGCCGAAGAUCGGCAAUCUACAAAUACUGGAUACGGGCAAGACUUCUCUGACCCUCACCGCAUUGGUCAAUUUCACAAAUCCUACCGAAUACAGCGCCACUGUUCCUUUCGUCGACAUCAAUAUCUUGACAAACGGCACAUUACUUGGACAUGCGACAGCGAAAGAUGUGACCGUUGUGCCUGGAAACAAUACCAACAUUCUCGUCACAGCCGUAUGGGAUCCUCGAACCCUGGGUGGCGAGGAAGGCCAUCGGGUUGGUGUCGAGUUUUUGUCUCAAUACAUUUCCGCACAACCAUCCCUCGGUCGUGCCUUGUCUAAGUUUGGAGUUGACCUUCCAACUCCAAAUCUGAGAGGCGGCGGCGGCGGUGGUGGUGAUGGCGACAAGGAUGAGAAGCAUUUCAUCCAGGAUGCUACGACAUCAACGCUCUAUGUCACAUAUAUCAAUGCGACAGCCUUUUAUCAUGAGGAUGCAGUUGGACACAUCGUCUAUGAUUUGCCAUUUGCCGUGCCUCCGGGUUCCUCGACAUCGCCGCGUUUGCCAGUCGACUUUGGCUCCAUUGGCUAUGAUGAGGUCAAAGGAGCGCUGGGUGGGUCGCUCAAAAUGGCAGCGAAAGCGACGGUAGGGUCGCAGGCAGGCAAUCGCAAGCGCACGUCGCGCCGGUCGCACACCAAUCUCGCCAACCUCAGACUGGCUCCUCUUUCACGAGACAUUAGCCCUGUAGAUGAUGGUAUCUCGUCGUCGAUAUGGCCACACACAUCCUACAUUGAAGGCAAAUCAGCGCCUACGACACCGAGCAUCCUCGGUCGCAGCUCGAGUCGGCGACAGCUAGGCGGCGCCGGUCUGAGCCGCAAACUGUCUAUCCACGAUGCCGAGUACGAUCCUGUCCUAAUCACGUCUCACGGUGUUCCUCGAAGUGCUCUAUGUCCAGAUGCGGGAGACCACAUCAUGCCCAAGGCGAAGAGCGAGGCUGCCUUGAAUCAGAGGCCUACUCGUGCUGGUCUGCCCAAGCUACGCACACCUCUGCUUCAUCCGCUCUCUGCCUCUCUUGCCGUCAAACCACACGAUAAACAACACGACAAUGACUGGUUCACUCGUGCGGGCUUAGCCACUACAUCCAUGUUACGUGAAUCCAAGGGACAAUCGUGGCUGGCCUCACGCCAUUCUUCGACAUCAUUACAACUCGUGCACUCCUCGGACGACGAAGAAGAUGCUUUGGCUAGCAAGAGAGCUGUCUCGCUACAACGCCUCCAUUUCGCAGACGAUGAGUUCAGUCCCGAGACACCGCGUGCGACCAGCCGAUGGGGCAGUAGGUUUGGGAGUCGCGCUGCUAGUGCUCGCAACAGUCGUCGUGGCAGCAGAGUUGGCUUGGACUCGCCGCAACUUGAUCGCGAUCCCUCCGAUUACUUUGGCAGUGCUGCUACACAGCCUCAGAUUUCUGUUAGACCUGACUUUGUCGACCCACGAGACAACUCUGAUGAUGAGGACCCUGAGCAAGAGGUUGCUAGACUGGCGAGAGAGGCUUCAUUCGGUUUUGGCCCUUUCAUUGAUCGUCUUGUUGGUUGGACAUUGUUCGAUGUCACAGAAGAUAGAGAGGCUACUGAAAACGAGACUGAGGACGAAACUCCUACUGCACACGAGAGAGCCGUGCAUAAACCUGUACAACCACCGUCUCCCCCCAGACCCAGACAAGCAGUUGCUGGUGCAGACCGGCAGGGCGAUGCUGAAGAAGGUGGAUGGAGUGAUGCAGCUUGGCUGCUGGGUGUUGCCUCAAAGGUCUUGCUAUGA